AUUAGGCUUAUCAUUUGAUUUUGGCUACGGGAAGCAACCGGUCGCGUUUCUGUGUUGGGGUGCUGCGUCGAGGGUGUCAAGUCGUCAUCGUCGUUGUUUUUCCAAGUUGAAGUCAGGUUCUGCCGGAAAUAGACCGUGUUUUUAGUCGGAGUCCUUGAGCGUUUUAGUGGUUUUUGUGAGGCGAGUGCGGUUGUUGUGUUUUGCUGCAUCGAAAUCGUAACAGGUGCUGAACUUUGACGAGUUUCUGGAGAUACUUCUGGCCGGAAGUUGACAAACGCCUGUCAGAGAAGAGGGUGACUUGCACCUUAAGUGGUUAACUCGAAUCGAAUUCAAUAACAGUUACAAUGCCAUUGGGUUGAAAAUUUAAUCGAACAAAUUAAACUUGAAUUGCGUGAAAAUUAGUGCCAAGUGUUGAACCGAUCUCAUGAAAAAGGCAUGAACCCCGCUCCAAGUGCCAAGGUGUUGAGUGGUAAACUCGUGGAUAAUAAAAAUAAAUAACCCCCCUUCCAACCGCUCGACUUUUCCGAAUAAAAACAUCGAGAGAGAUAAAAAAAAGUGCAAAAAAAUCCCGUUAAGCGCGCGCACAAGUGAAAAUUAAUAUUUAAUUUCAUUUUUGGCACCUUCCGUUCCACGGGAAAAAAGCCCCCAACAAAAAAAAAAAAACCAUCGCCAAUCAGCAUUAUCGUAAUCGAACCCCGGGAAGAAGAAAAAAUCCGCCAAAAUUUAUCCCCACGAGAUGGACUACUCCUACCUGAACCAGGCGGCGGCCGGGUUCGACUCCAGCUGCCUCCAGGGCGGUAUGGAUCCGACGGGCCUCGGGAACAUGCCCUGCUCGUACGGCGAUCUGACCUCGUGCAGCCAGAUGUCGCAGGCCGCCUACCGGUACACGGCGGCGGCCGCUUCGAUGGCCCGCUCGUACAAUCCGGUCGGGACGGGCGUCGGACCGGUGGCGAACGUGGGCAUGAGUGCGCUGCACCACGCGGCGGCGGCCGUUGCCGGCGGGGGUGGACCGGGCGGGCAGUGUGCCGUCAUGGGGGGUCGGAGCCACCAGGACGUGCACCGGGCGUCCAUGUUUCAGACGUCGAUGAAUCUGCAGUGUGAGUAUAGUAGGAUGUUUGCAGCUGGACUUCCGUACAAAGUCUACUCCGGGCACGAUUCAGUCCUAGCGGAAAAGCGAAAGCAGCGACGGAUACGAACCACAUUUACGUCGGCCCAGCUGAAGGAACUGGAACGAGCCUUCCAGGAGACGCACUAUCCAGACAUUUACACGAGAGAGGAAAUCGCCAUGAAGAUUGAUUUGACCGAGGCUAGAGUGCAGGUUUGGUUCCAGAACCGGAGGGCCAAGUUCCGGAAGCAGGAACGGAUCGCCCAGCAGAAGGUGUCGAGCAAUAACAACAACAGCAGCACCAGCAACAACAACAACAACCCGGAUUCGUCGUCGGUGAAGAGCGAGCAAAAGUCCAGCGGCGGAAGCACGACCCCGAAGGACAUCAAGCCGGGUUCGCCGCUUUCGACGGUGUCGACGACGCCCAACUCGAGUGCAUCCUCCCACCAGUCGAACGGGGACAUUAAACCCAUUAAUGGCAAACUUUCCGACUCGGAUCUGACCGGUCUCGGGUCGCCCCUUGGACCGUCCCCGCUGACGUCCCUCGGCUCCAGCCACCACAAUGGCACCAACGGCAGCACCAACACCAGCAGCCACAACAUCAUCAACAACAACAACAACAACAUCAGCAACAACAAGUGGAGCACGGCGUCGUCGUGCAAUCCGUUGCUGCAGAACCAUCACCACCUCCACCAAAAGUCUGCCGCCGCAGCCGCCGCCGCCAACCACCAUCUGAGCAGCAUGAAUCAUAAUCUGCAGAAUCACCAUCACCACGCGGUGGCCGCCCUGUCCUCGCCGUUCUCGUCCCUGCUGGGGGCGGCCGCAGCCGGAGGUGGAGCCGCCGGGUACCUGCUGGAUCCGCUCGGUGGCCUGAACAAAACUACCGCCGCCAAUCAUCUGUUCUAAGGGUGUAAUUGGGUUGUUUAGUUCUUUGCUAGAUUUAGAACAAGAGAUGGCUUUUAGGAAAAGAUUGCUGGGAGAAAGGUGAAACUUGAAGCUUCUGUAGAUAUAAUUUAAGUGUGAGGAGGUGAUGGAUUUAAUUUAGGUUCAAAAAUGAAAGCAAAAGAAAUACACUAAACAAAGUACCGAGCCAAACUAGGUAGGGCAGAGCAAUUUGAAAAUUAACAUUCCAACGUGCAAAACACUUUGUGAUAAAUAAGAAAGCAAAAAUCUAGUCAUUUCAGUAUCGUUUUUAGGUUUUUUUGUUGUUCUUUUCUGGAGAGCCUGUCCGUCACGGAGAUGAGUGUGUGACGUUAAUUAAUUUGAAAUUGAGAAACGUGUAGCGUUCUCCACCGACGGCUGCUGUCGGGGGUCGGGGGCAAAAUCAGG